AUGCAGAAAGCCAACACCUCCAACAGAAAGCCUGAAGCCCGGACCCGACAGGAGGGCAAAGCGGUCCGCCCUGAAGUGGCGAUAGGAGGCGUCCUUUCCUUGCCGUCGUCGCCGUUGCCGUCGUUGCCUUUCUGGCAGCCGGAGCCCGGCGACGCCGAGCGCUUCAUCAGGUAUUGCAGGACCGAGAAGUGCCCCGACUUUCAGGCUGGGCACUGCGAGCUCCACAAGCCAAUGCAGUGCUUUCACUUUCACUUCGAGGGCCAGCGGCGGCGUCCACCAAUAGGUGAAGAUCAACGGCUCCGCUACUGGGAGCUCCCGUGCAAGUGGAUCUCUCAGCCCAACAAGUGCCCUCUUGGGGACCGAUGUACGCUGGCUCACUCCAAGGGUGAGAUCUCUUAUCAUCCAGCAAAGUACAAGACGCGAGUCUGCAACGGCGCUGACUGCCAGAAGGCCACCUGCUGCUUUGCGCACUUGGACAAGGAGCUGCGAACCAAAGCUUCUGCUCGCUACUCCCAGACCCAAGGCACCCCUUUUCCAGCUGCUCCAGCCAACGCUACUGGCGUAGCCACUCCAGCUCCCCCGAACGAGCCGAAGAACUCGAGCUACUCGAGCUACCAGCUGGAGGCUGCGGAAGCUGUGGAGGCUGCGGAGGCUUUUGAGGGCCCCGAGAAGGUCUCUGAAGGACCAAACGUGGAUCUGAAUACCUUCAAGGUUUUUCCAUGCCGCAAAGGGCGAGGUGUCCACGAUCGGAAGCUCUGCCCGUUCUUCCACAACCCACGGGACCGUCGCCGGCCUCCGGGGACCUACCUCCCCGAGCCCUGCGACGAGUGCUUUGACUCCAUGGCGGACUCACGGGAAGGCUCGGGAACCGGCUCAUCUCGGAGUUGCUCGCGCGGAGACGCUUGCCACCUCUGCCACAAUCGCCUGGAACUGCUUUACCACGACACAGUCUUCAAGCGCCGCUUCUGCGCCACUUUCCCUGAGGUGUCCUCGUGCCAGAGAGGAAAGCUUUGUGCCUUUGCGCACAGCCGUGAGGAGGUGCGAGUGGAGCUGCUGAAGCCGGAGGAGGAGGAGCUCAUGGCAAGGUGGAAUUCCAAGGCUCUUCUGGACACGGAGAUCCGGCUGAUGCAGCCCAGAGUCGUGGAGUUCUUUACGAAGCGCUUCAAGACGCUCUGGUGCCCCUACGGAACCCAGCACGGCUGGCACGAGUGCCUCUACGCUCACACGGACCAGGACUGGCGGCGGCGGCCAGAGCUGGGCUACAGCAGCGAGCCCUGCACGGAGUGGGCCAAGCAUUUGGGUGAACGGCUCCAGUACACCGAGCGAUGUAGCAAAGGCCUGCGGUGCUGCUUUGCCCAUGGCUCGAAGGAACAGCUGUAUCAUCCCGCCUACUACAAGACGAUGCCGUGCACGGACUGGGCGGCGGAGGGCCGCUGCCCCCGAGGUUCCCAGUGCGCCUUCUACCACGGCCUGCAUGAACAGCGCCGAGAGCUCUGCGAGGCCACGUCGCCGAGCAGGACAGUGCAGAGCCAGGCGAGCCUUCCACAAAGCUCAGGCGCAGGCCUGGGCCUCGAAGGCCUCGGCCGCUGGGCGCAGAAGCGGAAGGAGGUCUUCUCGGUGCAGGACCUCGAGGCGGCCUUGGCUCAAAGCGUCCAUGAGGCCACCCGGCUGGACCCUGCCAGCAUGGCCGCUUCCAGCGUGGACGGGGCCACGACACUCAGCGGAAGAAGCGGAAUGAGGACCUCCUUUGGCUCCUUAGCGUCGCUGGCAUCGCUGGCAUCUUCGAACUCAGGAUCGCCUGCAGUGGGCCCUUUGGCCGAUGCGCCGCACGUGCGGCACGUGGUAAACACAGAGCUGGAGCCCGCUUAUGUGCGGCUUCCACCCAUGUGGGAAAACCAUGGUCACCUGAAUCCUUUCCCAGAAGAUGACGAGGCAGCCACCACGCGAAGCUUCCGCUUGUGA